AUAUCCCAAACCGGAAGGCGCGUCACUAAACUCCCGAGUGAUUCAUCUUUAAAACAUAUGCGAUCUUCGUUGCAACUCUUCUGACAGCUAGCAAGCGACUCCACAACGUUCUCCAAACAAGCUGCCUCCCUACAGAGCUGGGCGGACAGAAGAGCGAAGGGGAGAGCUUUAACUCUGGUCUCCCCGUCCGUCUCUAAGUAAACCAACCAGCCAUGGAUGACAACUCCUCUCUUGGUAAAGUCAGCAGCUCUACAGAGUCCGUGGCCACCGUCACCAGUGAGGAGUUUGUUCUGGUCCAGUCUAGUGCCGCCGGGUCACCGCAAGGCUCUGGAGGCAAACCAAGACUCAAGAUGUCUUGGAAUGGGAGCGAACAGCUGGAGAAAGCUAUGGAGGAGGUGUUGGAUGAUGAUGAUGAUGAUGAUGAUGAGAUGAAGGUAGAGAAAAGUAGUGUGGAAAAGAUGGAGAAGCACAGCAACCCAGAGACCCGAGUCCUGGAGCCCCGACCUGCAGAAGGAUGUCCAGCACCAUCCAGCCCCACAGUGCAGGAGGAGGAUAGUGUCCAGUUCAACAAGCUGUCCUACCUGGGCUGCACCUGGGUCAAAGCCCCCCGCAGCGAGACAGAGGCACAGAGGGCCAUGGCCACCCUGCGGGCUGAAAGCGCCAUCCCCAUCCCCGUCACCCUGCACGUCCCCUGUGGAGCAGAUGGCUCUGUCAGGAUUGUGGACCAGGCGACAGGUACAGAGAUCGCCUCAUUUCCUAUCUACAAGGUGUUGUUCUGUGCUCGCGGCCAGGAGGGUUCGUUGGAAAGUGACUGUUUCUCCUUCACCGAGAGUUUCCGGAGCUCUGAGGACUUCCAGAUUCACGUCUUCUCUUGUCACAUCAAGGAGGCCGUCAGUCGUAUCCUGUACAGUUUCUCCACAGCCUUUAGACGUUCUUCACGGCCGGCAGACAUCAGGGACGCCGCAUUGGGCAGUCCGCCCGACAGUGACCUCUUCACCUUCACCGUCACUCUGGAGAUCAAAGAGGACGAUGGCAAGGGCAACUACAAUUCAGUGCCUAAGGACAGGGAUAAGUUCUACUUCAAGCUGAGGCAGGGUGUUCAGAAGAAGGUUGUGCUCUCAGUUCAACAAAUGUGCAACAAGGAGCUGGGCAUCGAGAGGUGUUUUGGGAUGCUGCUGAGUCCUGGACAGAAAGUCUGCAACAGUGACAUGCAUCUACUAGACAUGGAGUCGAUGGGGAAGAGCUCUGAUGGGAAGGCCUAUGUGAUCACAGGAACAUGGAACCCCAACAUGGCGGCGUUCCAGCCUCUGAAUGAAGACACACCUAAAGAUAAGCAGGUCUACAUGACAGUGGCAGUAGACCUGGUAGUCACUGAGGUGGUGGAGCCAGUUCGCUUCCUGCUGGAAACUCUGGUUAGAGUAUAUCCAUCAAACGAACGCUUCUGGUACUUCAGCCGCAAGACCUUCAGUGAGACCUUCUACCUCAGACUCAGACAGCAGGCACCAGAGAGGAUGGGUCAGAGUGAUGCUGUGUAUGAGGUGGUGAGUCUUCUGAGGGAGGCAGAGAGAAACAAUCAAGAAAGAGGACCACUGGCCUCGCCCACUGAGGAAGAGGAGGCCGAUGAAGAUAGCGACAGUGAAAUCUCCAGUGGGACAGGAGAUGUUUCAAAAGACUGUCCUGAGAAAAUACUGGAGUCCUGGGGAGGAAUCCUCAACAGAUGGCAUGGGAACCUGUCCACUCGCCCGAAGGGUUUACCCUCAUUGGUUCGCAGUGGCGUUCCUGAGCCACUCAGAGCUGAAGUCUGGCAGCUGCUGGCUGGUUGCCACGACAGCCACGACCUGCUUGAGCACUACCGCAUCCUCAUCACCAAGGACUCGGCUCAGGAAGGUGUCAUCACUCGGGACAUCCACCGCACCUUCCCUGCCCACGACUACUUUAAAGAUUCUGACGGAGAUGGACAGGAUUCACUAUACAAGAUCUGCAAGGCCUACUCUGUAUAUGAUGAGGAAAUUGGUUAUUGCCAGGGUCAGUCGUUCCUUGCUGCUGUUCUCCUGCUGCAUAUGCCUGAGGAACAGGCCUUCUGUGUGCUCGUGAAAAUCAUGUAUGAGUACGGCCUCAGAGCUCUUUACAAAAACAACUUUGAGGAUCUUCACUGCAAGUUCUACCAGCUGGAGAGACUGAUGCAGGAACAGCUUCCAGACCUUUGGUCCCACUUCCAGCAGCUGAACCUUGAGGCACACAUGUAUGCCUCCCAGUGGUUCCUCACCCUCUUCACUGCCAAGUUCCCCCUCUGCAUGGUUUUCCACAUAACUGACCUGCUGCUCUGUGAGGGUCUGAACAUCAUCUUCAAUGUAGCCCUGGCUCUGCUAAAGACGUCUAAAGAGGACCUCUUGCAGGCAGACUUUGAAGGUGCUCUCAAGUUCUUCAGAGUCCAGCUCCCUAAACGCUACAGAGCUGCGGAGAACGCCCGCAGGCUUAUGGAGCAGGCCUGCAACAUCAAGGUUCCUACCAAAAAGCUGAAGAAGUUUGAGAAGGAAUAUCAGACACUGAGAGAGAGCCAGCUGCAACAAGAGGACCCCAUUGACCGAUACCAGAGGGAGAACCGUCGUCUUCAGGAGGCCAGUAUGCGACUGGAACAGGAGAAUGACGACUUGGCCCAUGAACUGGUCACUAGCAAGAUUGCCCUGAGGAACGACCUCGACCAGGCAGAAGACAAGGCUGAUGUUUUGAACAAAGAGCUGCUGAGCACCAAGCAACGUCUGGUGGAGACGGAGGAGGAAAAGAGGCGACAGGAAGAGGAGACGGCUCAGCUAAAGGAGGUGUUCAGGAGGGAGCUCGAGAAGGCAGAGCUGGAGAUCAAGAAAACCACAGCGAUCAUAGCUGAAUACAAACAGAUCUGCUCCCAGCUGAGCACCAGGCUGGAAAAACAGCAGGCGGCAACAAAAGAAGAGCUGGACAUCGUCAGGAGUAAAGUCAUGGGCUGUGAGCACUGCAGGGACCUGUUCAGCACCCUGGGCUCCCUCCAGGCGUCAUCCCCCAGCAGGGACAAGACAUCCACCGAGCCUCUGGACGAGGAGAAGGACGGGCUGAAGGAGCAGCUGAGGCAGCUCGAGUUGGAGCUGGCACAGACCAAACUGCAGCUGGUGGAGGCCAAGUGCCGCAUCCAGGAGCUCGAGCACCAGCGGGGAGUCCUGAUGAACGAGAUCCAGGCGGCCAAGAACUCCUGGCUCAGCAAGACUCUGGGCUCCCUGAAGAGCUCGGCCUCCUCUUCCUCCAGCUCCACAUCCCAGACCCCAUCCUCUCCAAAGGAGGGGCCUGCCUAGACCACCCUCCCUCUGUCUCUCUCUCUGUCUCCUGUAGGAUGCACACUAGAGCUGAGGAACACAAGUGGACGACAAACAAACAGCGGAGAAAUGCAGUAUUCCUUUUUUUGUUUUUUUGUUUUCUUUUUUCCCACAGCCAGUGGCAAAGCAAAGCUCACCGGCUUCUUGAACUGCAAACGGCUUAAAAAAUGAGGGAAGGAACAGGCGGGGGACUGGACCAGCCACCUGUACUCUACUUAAUGUUUACAUUUGAGUGAACUAAAAAGUGUCUGUCAGCCUUUUCUGCUUCGUGGGUGACGAAACAGACGACGGCGAAUCAUCAGUGAGGGUUGAGUUUGAUUUCAAGCUCAGUGGUCGAUGCUUUGCUGAGUUAGAUCUCCAAACCCUCCUUGCAAGAAAGCCGAGUUAACUCACACGACGGCCACCCUGUAGGUCUGGCGCCUCCCUGUGGCCAUACAUCGCUACUGUUACAGUCAUUUUAUCUGACAAUUAAACCAUCAGUCAUUCAAUAUUUUCAGUUACAGAGAUACAGCAUCAGCUGUAGAGAAAUUCUAAGUUUACCGUGCAGAAAUAUCCACAUUAACCAUCUUCAGCGCAGCAAAGCCACAGCACUCUAAAAGGAAUACUGCAUUCAGAGGCAAGAACAACACGGAAGGUUGUGCUUCUUCUUUAGAGUAAUAUAACGUAAACAAUGUUGUCUUAUAAAUAUGUAUAACUAAUUAUUGAUUUUUGUAAUAAUCUUGUACAGUUCUUUAAGAGAAGUGAAAAACACAAGGAAACUUUUUUUGUUUGUUUAUUUGGUUUUUUUUGUUUUGUUUUGUUUUUUUACUGUUUGGAAUUUGAAUGUCAUCUUUCUCGAUGCUAACGUAAGCACAGUGUGUGAUCGUCCGGUCAGGUCCAAACGCGGACGAACCAAAGUGACAACCUGCAGAUUAACGUUCGCAUCCCGACUGUUUCUUCGGUCAGAGGUUCAACUGACUCGAGGCCCGUAAUAUCACGCUAAAUUUCACUGAUUUGAUUUCCUUUUUUAAAUCCCAGCCCCAGCUCAGGCUCUGAGUGUCUUUUAUAUCUUCUGAGAGGCUUUUUUUUUAAUCAUUUAGCGUGUUUGCAUCACAGCAUGCAGAUUUCUAACAUGCAGCCGUUAUUUUAUGCAGAAUUUGACUGACUGUAAUCGCUUCAGAAAUAAGCUCUCGUUCCCUUUUCAGCGUCAUCUCCGUCCUUUUUAUACUUUUAAUGGAUAUUGUGAAACUUCCAAAAUGGUUUUUAAAAAAUGAAUCUGUGUACAUAUUUUUAUUCGUUUUGUUUUUAUUAAAUCCCUAUCUCUGUUAAUCUUUUUACUUUUAAGUUGCACAGACGAUCUGUGGUGUCGACCAUCAGUCGUUAUUGUUGGAGCAAUCAGGGCUUUUGUUCCUUUUUCAGAAAAAGCAUUUUUUUUUUAGAAUUAAUUGUUUUACGUAGUGAAAGACAGACAGACAGAAAAUCCACAGAAAACUUGAGCGUAUCUGUCUGUAACGUUAUGCAGGCAGCACCCACAAGAAAUAUGAAAAGUCUCCACACAUUCAUCUGUGUUGCUGUCAUGGAAACUCACUGUAUAUGCCAGAUUCAACAAAUCAAAUCAGGUAAUUCUAUAACACUGUGUACGCUCUAAAGCAGCUGUUACAUAGCACAUCUCAUCCCCAAAUCAACCUGUCGCACAACAUUAACAAGAAAAAUGAAGAAGUUGCAAUAUUCCUCCAUCUUUGCCAAAUCUGCGCCUUCUUUGCCCGUGUGUCGUGUUAAAUCCACGCGCUUCUCAAUUCAUUCUACAAAAAGUGAGAAGUGAGAAUUUAAAUCCUUAAAGAUCCUAAAUGACGUGCAGGUAUAUUUGACCCUAAGUAAAAUCCGUGUGUGCUUGACAAACAUAGUAUGUCGCUCAUUGUUUCAUGGAUUUAUUUGUCUGGAGAAGGUGUCAGUAAGAUGGGCAGCAGUCAGUGCCUCAGGUAAAAUAGCUAAACUUGAUUGUGAAAUAAAAGAAAAAACUACAAAUACUUCAUACUUGUCACAUCACUAGUUUGCUAAUACCAACAGAAAGUUCGAGCACUACACCCAGUGGUGAUGUGAGGACACGGGGAUGAUGUUGUUGUUUGUGUAUCACGUUGCUAAACUCAAACAUUAGCCAAAAAGGGUGUGUUUUGCUUGAAUGUAAAUGCAUGAGAGCUGCAGUGUUUGUGCCAAAUGUCCUGCUCUAAUCUCCACUCCGGUUGUCACAGAAAUCUGCCUUUGGACUCUGACCAAGCUCAUGUGUACAUGUUUGUGUCUGAGUGUGUGUUUGGACGUGUGUGUGUGUGUGUGUGUUCUGCUCUGUAACUCGAGUGGUUAAAGUUGAGAUGGUUUCUUCUUCACGUGGCUGCCUUUUCUGUUACUGACUGAAGCCGUUGGCUGAUGAGAGGAAAGCCAUCCGACUGUUUGAAAUGUCGGCGAGCGUCAGCUGUGCCAUAAGAGCCCCUCCCCCACUGGUUUUCAUCCCUGCUCCCGGUGACCUGAACUUCACCUCGCCGACGUCCACGUCAUCUGUUCCAGCAGCCCAUUUCACACAUUUCCACCAUGAGCCUCCCAGUACGACCGCCGUCCUCUCGCUGAUGGCCACUGAGCAGCGCCCCCUGGAGGAAAUGCUUCCAUGUCAUGGAGAGGGAGGAAAAGGACUCAGACUGGCUUAAUAUCAUUGAAUUCCAGGUGUGUUUUGCAUUUCCAGGAUAUUCCUUCUUUACUACUGCGCAUCAUUUUUGUUCACCUGUGACAGUUACAAAGUGGUACCACUAGUUUAAUGUAAACUGUGGCCGAGUUGGAGGAAACUCCUUGUCUUUUAUGUGCACUAAAACAACCUUAAUGUUCUCAACACUAUUUCGAGAUGCGUGUUUGUUUAAAUGUUAUCCUGAUCACAGAGCUUUUUUUUUUUUAACUGAUGAUUAUUGUCACGGAGAGGACAGCUGCCAAAUAAUAAACCGCUCUUCAGCGUUAAUUUCAACGAUGCAAAAAGCAGGCAGGGGGUUGGAUCAGAUGUGUGGUGUGUGUUGUGUCGCUUACAGUUUGCUGUAACUCCACAGACCUGUGGCUGCUCCGCAGCUGGUUCGACUCCAACACUGUUUGCUGUACAGUACCUGUCUGACCUGAAUUAAUAAAUUUCAGUUUUUCCUGUUCA